AUGGCUUCUCUUUGGAGGUCCCUGGAGAAAGAUGUGUUCCACCCACAGAGAAAGAGGCUGCUGGAAACCAUCCGUGUCUGGAAGACAGGGAAGAAGAAGAAGAUGUCCAUCCUCUGUGUUGUGGUGGACACCUUCAGGCCAACGCAACCGUUCCUGGUGAAGCUCAAGGUAGACCGAGGAGAGCAGUACAAGGUGGCCUGCAGGUGGUCCUUGGCAGAGCUGAAGCUGGUAGAUGGCAAGACUCUCCAUCAGGAGAGCCCGGAUUUCGACCUGCACUUGGAGAAGGUUUACAAGUGGACCGCUAGCAGCUUUGAGGAGAAGGAAACCUUCCUCAGGUGCUUGUGGAAGCUGAACCACCGAUUCCUCGCCAGCUCUGUCCCCUUUCUCCACCUCCCCUCCCGUGCAGCAGAAGGGAGAGAAAGGCCCCAGGAGGAGAGGGAGGACACUGUGGAGGCUGAGAGCCAGGAGGAGCUCAGUGCAUACCAGGAGAUGACACCAAAGGAGGCUGCUGAUGUGCUGAAGCUGAUGGAGGAGUACGAGCCCCUGGUGAACAACUCCGUGGCCUUUGCAGAGCAGCUGAGCAACGAUCUCCACGUGCUGGAUGAGGCCAACCUCAGAGCCAUCAUCUCCUCUGAGAAGCAGGUGACACAGCUGAUGAGCUCCAUCGACCAGGCCCUGGCAGAGGUGGCCAGAGUGGAGGAGACCCUGCAGGUCUACGACGAGUUACUGGGGAGUGUGAAGCAGCAGAUGGACCACAUCCACCAGGAGAACUCCCUGCUACACCGCAUCACUUCCAACGAGGAGAAGCUGAUGGAUGAGCUCCUCUUCCUCACGACCCAGCUCAGCCUCAGCAGGGAACACUGCGAUGCCCUCAGCGGGGCAGAUCUUUCCAGCCCCAGCAGAGUGGCAGCCUGCACUGCUGCAGCAGAGGCUUUGGCUGCCUGCAUGAACAUCCAGAUACAGCCUGGUUACAGGAAACUGCAGGCUGUGGCUGAGCAGCUGAUCAUGUUUGAAACACUCAAGCAGAACUUUGAAAACGCCUUCAUCACUCACAUCACAAACAUCUUUCAGCUUCAGGGGAAUGCUCAGCUCCCUGCUCUUGGUCAGCCCAUUGACAAGCUAUCUGCACCAAGCCAUGGACUCCACCAUGAGGAACUGGUGCCCUACAUCCCACUCAUGGCCUGGCUGAGGAACAUCAGCCCCGUUCUGUUCUGUGACCUCCCCAAGGUCUACGCCCAGAACCUCAGCAGGCUCUAUGACCGAGAAAUCAAAGCCUUCUUUGAACAAGCCAAAACCUUCCUGCUGGGCAGAAGAAAAGGAAGUCUCCAGGAAAGCUCCGAGAAGCCCAUGGGGAGCAGGCACCGCUGGAGUCUCCCGGGGAGCAGAGAGGGCCAGGAGGACACGCCAGGCAAAGGCAACGUCACCAAGAUGUUGGAGCAGGUGCUGAGAGAGCUGCAACCCCUCUGCACUGCAGAGCAGCACUUCAUUGAGAAGUUCUUCCAGCUAAGCCACGGUGCUGCAGACCUGCAGGGGCUGGAGGCACCUGCCACCAAAGGAGGAGAGACUACAACACCUCCAGAGGACUCUCCUUGCCCCAAGCCUCGGAGCCAACUGGAAGAUGCCACCACCCGGCUGAUGAGCGAGAUCUUCAGUUGCCUGGAAGCAGAGCUGAAAGGAUUCCUCGAGCUCUGCAGUGGAGUCCACCCCUUCAGCUGCUUGCAGGUCCUGGUUACCUUGAGCGACUCCAUCUUUGAGAUGUGGGGCUCUUCCCCAGCUCUCCCCUCGUCCUUCCUCAACACUGUCCUGGGCAACAUGCUGCUCCUGGCCAAGAGCAGCUUCAACAAGUGCAUUGGGACCUUGUGUAGAGAGAUUGAGGAAGCGAAGAUGCCCAGCAAGAUGAAAGGUGGGAUCCUGCCCUCCGUGAGCCGCUUCGAGGAGUUCGUGAACUUCUCAGAGGAGGUGUUCAGGACAGCUCGGAGGAGAGGGGAGCUGGACAAAGCACACCUCAGGCUGGCCAGCAGCGUCUUCAGCAGCAUCAACAGUUUGUCCUCAGCAAACCUGAAGAUGAACACAGAUAUGGUCAUGAUGGAAAAUUUCCACCACGUUCACUGCUUCCUGUGCCAAAAGAAGAUCCACUGCCUGGAGGGCAAGAAGAGAGAAGCCAAGCAGAGGUACAGCGAGCACAUGGAGAAAUACGUCACCAAGUACCUGGGCCAGCCCCUGGAGAAGCUCAACCACUUCUUUGAAGGAGUGAAAGCCCGUGUGGCCCAAGGGGUGAAAGAAGAAGAGGUCAGCUUCCAGCUGGCCUACAGCAAGCAAGAGCUGAGGAAAGUCAUUGAAAAAUACCCUGGCAAGGAAGUGAAAAGAGCCCUUGAGACGCUCUACAGGAAAAUCCACAAGUAUCUCUCUGAGGAGGAAAACCUUUUGCCGGUGGUGUGGCACGCCAUGGAGCAGCAGCUCAUGCGUCAGUACCGGGAGUUUGAGGAGCUGAUCCAACGCUGCUACGCAGGGUCAGGGAUCACCAUGGACUUCACCACGGAGGACUUGCUCAGCUACUUCAACUCCAUCACCCUCUCCAACCUGUAG